AAUCCCAUUCUCAGAAAGGACAAUGUCCUUUAGAGGGAUAGAAUCUAGUCUCAACCAAACUCAAAUACUACUAAAGUAAUAGGAAGUGGAACGCAACGCAAUCGCGCAGUUUUUGUUAACUGGCCAUUCUGCAGUUACUUCCGUUUCACUUAUGGAGACCAAUCAGAAAGGAAGUAGAGUGUCCUACUUUUGUUAAGCGGAUCAGCUAUUGCGGGUGGCUUUUGCGCAUGCGUGUUUGGGAAACGUGCCAGGAACCAAGAUGGCGGGUACCAGUCUGGUAGCUGGAGAAGUGGUUGUGGAUGCUUUGCCCUAUUUCGACCAGGGAUAUGAUGCUCCCGGUGUGCGAGAGGCGGCAGCCGCAUUGGUUGAAGAGGAAACCAGAAGGUACCGUCCUACCAAAAAUUACUUAAGUUAUUUACCAACUCCAGAUUUCUCAGCGUUUGAGACAGACAUAAUGAAAAAUGAAUUUGAAAGACUAUCGGCUCGGCAGCCAAUUGAGUUACUCAGCAUGAAAAGGUAUGAGCUACCUGCCCCCACUUCGGGGCAGAGGAAUGACAUCACUGCGUGGCAGGAUUGUGUCAAUAACUCCAUGGCCCAGCUGGAGCAUCAGGCAGUUCGCAUUGAAAAUCUGGAAAUCAUGUCUCAGCAUGGCUGCAAUGCCUGGAAAGUCUAUAAUGAAAAUUUGAUUCAGAUGAUUGAAUCUGCUCAGAAGGAUCUUCAGAAACUCAGGAAACGUAUUCAGGACUUGAACUGGCAGCGUAAGAACUCUCAGCUCUCAUCUGGUACUAAACUUCGGGAGAUGGAGUCAACGUGGGUAUCCCUUGUGAGUAAGAACUAUGAGAUUGAGCGUGCAAUUGUUCAGCUGGAGAAUGAAGUCCAUCAAAUCAAAGAGAUGGAUAUCGAGAAUAAGGAAAAUAUUCAGAAUUUCCAAUCAUCAUGAAAAUAUUUUUGUGCAUAAGAAUGGUCUAUUUGCUGCCUUGAAGAAAGCACUCGGUGACAGAUGUCCUGCUUGUAAAGAAAUAUUAACUCCUAUACUUUGAACCCUUCCCCCAUGUUUUAUCAUCUGCUGGGUAAACCUGUUUCGGUUCAGUCAUUUUGACACUGGGAAUUAUUAGUGGCUGGUUUUAUUUGGAUUUAUAAUAUCUGCUUCAAUUGCCCGUCACCCUUAUUCAGGAAUAUUGGACAGAUUUUUGAGUUAUAUCACUAACUUCAGUUUCAUUACCCCCUUUAUAAUUACAAUAAUGUGCAAAAUUAUGUAAAGGUAAACUGCGACACAACAGUUUUCCAUUAUGUUGACGUUUUUUUAGAAAAGUUUGUUGGUGUAUAAUUCAAAAGACUUAAAUCUUUUUUUAUGCAAACCUUUUUAGGUUUUAAACCUCAUGUUUUGCAGUUUUUCUUGAGACUUGAAUAAAAAUAUUUUUUCUAGAAUUGCUUUGGUUUUGCAAUUUAUAAUUUUAAAUGCUUGUUUUAAUUAAUAAAAAGUGGAUUCCAUAA